AACUCAUUCCUCCCGCGUGGUAGUACCGUAGGAAUUCAGGGGUCGCGUUACCAGUUGGUAAACAAGUGCAAGACCGACAAGAAUCCGAUCCAAGCAUUCUGUACAGACUGAGAAUAAAAGGAAGACCACCAAAGUGAAUAUCCUCUUGGGAACUGUCAAGUGCAGCAGUUGCCCACUUUGCCGCUGAACGUGGCUUGCGUUCUCGCUGCUCGUGCCACCGUCGUGUGACAACUCGGCUUCCUGCGAAUGUGUUCAUUGUAAAACAACAACACGGAAUAGAUCCAAGGAAACUCUCGAAGAAGUGCUCUGCCCAUUUCAACAAGUCAACGCACAGGCUUUGCAGAUCGACACUUGAUUCGUGGGGACGCCAGGUGAAAAGUAGAUACUGUUUCUGUACAAAGGCCCGCGAUCCACAAGUCGGCAGCACCUGUUGCAUUAUUCGCAUUUUCUCGCAGAAAUGAGGCACGUUCUCGAAAUCUCUACUCUCAGCCGCUUCGAAAGAUCUCGUGUACUUGUUGUUUUGACCUUUCUAAGGUCGCUGCACCAUUCCAGAAUAAGUCCGUCUCACUGGGAGCGCUGCGCUCGUUUGAAGUCCAGACGAAAAAUUUUAAUGGCUCUGAAGUUGUUAGGUCCCUACAUGGCCACUCAUAAAACAAAGCGAACAAUAGAUCUACGGGAGCCAACGCGAUCCGGUUGUUGGGGAACAUCUCCCGGCGUUGGAAUGUUUCUGCACCGGGCAGGUAGACCCAAGUUCUUUGUGGCUGCUGGACACCGCCAAGCCAGUGGGGAAGUGCUUAAGGCAGCGAGACAUGUCUGUCUUUCUAGAAGUAGAUCCACUGAUAUACUUACUGCGCAUCCUUGUCACCUCGAGGGCAAAUCCGCGUCUUCCACCUUAUCCCUACUCCAAGAUGAGAGAGUCUGUUCACCGCCAAGCAGAAAUGCUAGAAAGGGGAAUUCGAUACGGGUGCAGCUUCAACGAAGAGAGCUCGUUCCACUAGAUUUAGACGCUAUGUGGGGGUUAUCAGACCUAAUGCUACUCAACUGAAUGCAAUGCUAUACAGGGCCAUUGAACGGUGCGUUCGUCUCAGUGCUCGAGGCAGAGCACCGAAUGUCUGCGGUCCCUGAAACUUGCUUCGAGUAGCCUUGUGUUUUUGCAGCACGACGCCGAACAGGCGUUAACAAGGCACGCGACGGCAUUCCCCCUUUGCCCACGCCGUUUUUCCGACCGCGUCGGUACCGUGAGGACGCCUUGUCUCUGAGACAACGUCAUGAACUCGCCAGUUCUUCCGUGAAUUCGCUCUGUGCUCUCGCGUCCCAGACGACACAGAUGAAAAACAAGAGGGGCGGUCUUACAACACUUGGCUUUCCACGUCACUUUUCCGCGCUCCUGUACCGGCAAGCAAGCCACCUGUUCGUAUACGGGAACGCGUGGCUGGCAACUCUUUCCCUUUCUCCAGACCACGUUCCACUCAAGUAAUUCGUGCAGGGCUGCCGAAGCGGAAUGAAAGACUGGCAAGGCUUUUUUACAAGGCAUUGCCGCAUUUCCUGGUCUUCGUCUCUUGGCGCAGUUUCAGGACCCUCUCGGUGUCACAAAGCGAAAAACUGCGCACGAGGGACACUCUUUUCGCGGGGGUCGGAAAACGCACGCGGACCGUUCAGCGAGCCUUUUCGCUGGUCAUCUCGUGGCUUAAAAAACGUAGAGCGCGAGCCCGUCUCCUUGACUUCGCGGAAAGGACGCUUCUGCGCUCGACUUUCUUGCACAAACUGCGAUUUUUUGCCCCGUAAAACACAACUCGGGGCGCGCGGCUUCGCCUGGCGUUCACACGCGAAUUUCCCGUCUCUCGCGAAGACGCAGUCCCGCGUUGAGAAAAAGCGACCACGUUCGUG